AUGACAACAACACUAUGUCAAUUUGACCAAUUUUGUAUUUCAAAAGAUUGUCCAUUUCAGCAUUCAUAUCCAUUUAAAUUAGAAGAUUAUCAAAUACCAAAACAACCAAGGAUGACAAUUGAUUUACCAUGUUAUUUAUCAGAAUGGAAAUACUUAGAAAGAGCAAUAGGAAAUAUAAAAACAAUAGAAGAUUUACAAAAAUAUAUGGCAUCUAUGUUUACAAAUGAAAAAGAUAAAAGAGAAAAAGAAAUUACUAUUAAAGAACUUCCAUCAUUUAAAAACUUAAAUGAAAAUGAAAAAAGUAUUAUACAAAAUGAAUUAAUUCCUUUAUGUAAAGAAAUGAUUAUUAAUCAUCAAAAUAUACUUUUACCACCACCUGUAAUUUUAUAUAAAACAGGUAAAGUAAUGUUUACAAGAAAACAAAGUUUAUGUUUAAUUUCAUGUAUGUUAUUUGGUUUAUAUUCAUUGAAAUUACGUAAAGAUUCAAGAAAAUUUAAUGAAUAUGCACAAUUUCCAUUUUUCUUAUUUCGUGAAGAUUCAGUAUCAAUAACCAUGACUCAAUGUAUUAUUCAUUACUUUCAUUUAAUUUUUAAAGAAAUUACUAAUGAUAAACUUAUGAAUGAAAUAAUUGAAAUUGAAAGACAUUCAUCCAAACUUUCAUUGAAAGAAUUAUUAAAUUCUAAUAAGAAAAUUAUUCCAGGAGAUGUUGAUAAUAUUCAUGGAAUUAUGGAAAUUAAUGAAACAGAAAAUCUUAAAGCUGAUUUUGCUAAUAAAUAUAUUGGAGGAGGUGUACUUCAUGGUGGAUGUGUUCAAGAAGAAAUUAUGUUUAUGGAAUGUCCUGAAAUGUUUAUUAGUAUGAUAACUAAUCCAGUUAUGGAUGAUCAAACAACUAUUUUAUUUAAAAAUAUUAUUCGUUAUGUUAAAAUUAAAGGUUAUGGGAGAGGCAUUCAAUUUAACAAAGAAUUUGAACACUUAACUUCUAAUAAUAUUGUAGCAUUAGAUGCUCUUGUCGCUUAUAUUAAUCCAAAAGAACAAUACAAUGAACAACAAACUCUUCGUGAAUUAAAUAAAAUUUUUAGUGGUGUUGAAUGUUUAUCUGAAGAAGAUCAUUUAAUUCCAUUUAUUAGUGGUAAAUGGGGGUGUGGUGUUUUUGGAGGAGAUUGGAG